AUGCCCCCAACAUUAUGUUGUUUCUUUCAGCAGGCAACAAUAAAAACUCAACUUGAAGACGGCGUUCGUUUCCCUGCUUCAGCCACAGCUUCAUUGAAUGAAUGGAAAGAGAAGAGAAAACAUUCUUACAAAGAUUCGCGAUGCAACAGCUUAAGGGACACGUCUAGAAAACGAAGAUAUCAUAUUGAAAUUCUGGCAAAAGCUUAUCAGCAAAAGGUGGGAAGAAGGGAAAGAGUUGCGAAUGAAAGGAGAACAAGAAAAGAACAUAACUAA